AUGGCCACAAUAAUUCAAAAAUCUGAUAAUUAUGAAAAUAAAAAGUUAAACAAUGCAAAUAUCGAAAAGACUAUGACACAAGAACGUACUCAUCAUAAUAAAGAGGACGUCACGAUGUCGAAUUCUGAUCCUAUUAUUGUGUGCGAAGCGCUUCGUGAACAAAAUGAUGCACUUCGACAAGAACUUCAUGAUAUACGACAAGAAAUGGACGAGAUUACUGAUCAAUUUCGUACAGAAGAUGCUGAAGAAUUCAAACAAUUACAAGCAGAACUUGAAGUGGCUGCUAAAAAUUGUCGAAUUCUUCAAUUUAAAUUACGUAAAUCAGAAAAACGAAAUGAAACAAUCGAAACUGAUAAGGCUUUAUUAGAAGAAAAAAUACAACAAAUUAUUCAUGAUAAUAAUCGAGCUCGCGAUUUCGAUGAAGAAUUACUUAUUGCAAAAGAAGUCAGUGUUCGAUUACAUAGUGAACUUGAAAAAAGUGAAGAAUCAAGAAUAAUAACUGAAAAACUUAAUAUGGCACUCAGACAACAUUUAGAUACACUUAAAGAAUCUCUCGAUGAACAAUUAAUACAAGAUAGUACAGAUGAUUAUCCUUUAUGGCAAUUGUCUGUCUGUUUAUAUGAAGCAUUAUUUCGUGAAUAUGUUCUUAUGGAAGAAUUAUCAUGGUUACAAACGAAGAAUUUAACUACAAAAAAUUCUUCUAAUUUAAAUACAAAUAAUAAUAACAAUGGUAAUGAUUUAUCGGAUUUAAUGAAUUCAUAUCAACACAAAAUAUCAGCACUUAACAGUGAAAUAUCAAAUCUUAAACACGAUAUAACGAGUCGCGAUAAAGAACUAUCACAAUUACGUGUGCAAUAUAAAAUAUUAAAACAGCGUAGUCGAAGUGCAGAUAGAAAUUCGAGUUCAUCAGAAGAUGUCGCAAAUAAUGAUCGAUCAAGACGUGGCGUUAGCGUUGAUGGCGGAGAAAAUUUACGUGAACAACUUGAAGCAUCAUUAGAUGAAAUUCGUUUAUUAAAAAAUAAAUUAUUAAGAUCAGAAGAUGAUGUAAAUAAUGCUACUUUAGAAAAAGAAAGUUUACUAGCUAAACUUGAUGAACAAUCUAAACAAGGUGUUGACGACACAGUCAACAAAAGUCUUCAAAUAUUCAUGGACAAAAUCGACUAUCUAAUAAUACUUAUCAAAGAAAAUAAAACCGAUGAGAAAGUUGUCGUCGACUUACAGCAAUUUCUACAUUCAUCACGAUGGAGUAAACAAUUAACCGAAGAACAACUUCAAACACAAUCAGCUGUAACAAAGUCUACAGAAAAAACAUCUGAAAUUGUUCAACAUGCCAAUGAACUUCUUAAUGAAUUACAAACAAAAAAAGAUAUACUUGAUAAAAUUCGUUAUCGUCUAACCAACUUGACGUAUGACACAAAUGAUACAUGUAGUUUGUUAGAAGAAUUGGAUAAAGCAAAAAAGAACUUCGACGAAAAACAACAGAUGUAUAAUAAUUUACAGAGAUCAUUUGAUAGUCUUCAAAUUUCAUCGAAAAAGUUCGAAGAACACCUUCAAAGUCAAGUAAAUAAAAAUCAAAUAUUAGAAAAAAAUUUCGAACAGCAAAAAUCCGUUAAUAAUGAAUUACAACAAGAAAAUACACGUUUAUCAUCAUUGAACGCUAAACAAUUACAUGAUUUAAAACAUCUCGAACAAUUACGUCAAUCAAUAUUAACAUUUGAGAAAAAACUUGACCAAAAACAAACACGUGUUAAUGAAUUAUCAAUGAAAAUAAUUGAAAAAGAAGAUAUUAUUGAAACAAAAGUUAAAGAAUGUCAAAAACAUCGGCUAGAAUUACGUGAACUUGAAACAAAAUAUUAUACAUUAGGAAAACAAUUAGAAGAACAAAUUCUAGCAAUGACAAAAGAAAUGGAAAAACUUAACGUUGAAAAAGAAAUGCUUCGAUUUGAUCUCGAAUCAAUACGUUUAAAUCAAAAGAAUGAUCGUCCGGCAUCAGCACGAUCAACAGCUGAAGAUGAAAUUGCCCGUGUUAAAGCUGAAUGCAAUCAACAGAUAAUCGACGGAGAAGUAGAAUCUUACAAGCUUCGUAUAAAUCAAUUAACAAAUGAAAAAAAUGAUUUAUUAAAAACAAUAAAAGAUCUCGAAAAACGAUGUAAAGAAUUACAAAUAAAACACGAUGUCAAUGAACAAUCAUGGAUACGAUUGAAAACCGAUACGUCUGAAAAACAACGCAAAUAUGAUGAAAGUAUUAAAAUAAAAUCUGAAUUACAAAAUGCAGUUGAUCGUCUUCGUCAGAAACUGUACGAUCUUGAAAGUCAUGCACAAGAGAAACAAAAUAAACAUGCCAUUGAUAGACACCAAUGGGGAAUUGAACGAUUAGAAUUAGUUGGAAAAAUAAAUGAAUUAGAAGAACAAUUAUCAAAAGUAACAAAACGUCAACGAAAAGAUCUUGAAACAGUAUGGAAAAAAGAACGAAAUGAAUUACAAAAGCAACUUCAACAAUCUCAACAAUCGUUAAAAGAUGUACAAAAGCAAGUCACCAAUCGCGAAGCUCCUAGUCAUGUAACUGAAAAAAUUAAUGUUCUAAUGACCGAAAAUGAAUUAUUAUUAAAUAAAAUCAAAGAACUUGAAAAUGUGGUUGAUGAUGUUCAAUUGCUGAAAAAUGAAAUGCAACGUUUACGAGAUAAAAAUUCAUCGGAUUGGAAUUAUUGGCGAAAACAGCAAAGCGAUCUUUAUGCACAAUUACGACAACAGCAAUUUAUCAAAGAAUCGAUUCUUAAUAAAUUCGAUCGAUUACAAAAGCAGAUUCGAUCUGGCAAUGAUCAUGAUCGUCAUAUUCGUGAUCUUAGUGUUGGUCCAAUAUCUCUCAAUAGUUUAUACAAUGAGACAGCAGCCAAAUUGAGUCAUCUAAAUUCAAGUCAUGAAACAUUACCGGAUGACAUAGAACUUCCGCAUGGAAUUAUCGAUAUACAAUCAGUUAGUGUCAAUGAAAUAGCUGGUACCGUAAAGGAUUUCACAUUGUUACCAAUGUCACUAAUGAGUGACGAUAAACAGCAUACGUUGAAAAAUACGUAUGCAGCACAAGAACAUACAGCAGCUAGUCUCGAUGAGAUUGGAAUUAAACUUGAACGUGUUGAAGAUAAUCUAUUUUCUUAUCGACGUUUUAUGGAUUUUAUUCGAGCUAAAUCCGAAAAAAGUGGAUCGAUUGCACGCGAUGACAGUAUGAAUAAUAUUGCUAAUCAAACAAUGUCUGCGGCUCAUAGCAAACGGUUAGCUUCAGCACCACCGGAGAAUAUGAAUUUAAAAGCACAGCGUCGUUCUCGGUUUGAUGCUAAUGGUAAUACUAGUCAGGAACAUACUCCGUCACCACUGAAUGAAACUCCAUCAUCAGAAUUACUAACAAAUUCAGUUAUGUCACCAACGACGAGUACGAAAAAUCGAUUUUUUUCAUUGAGUCGUCGUUUUCGUUUUCGUACUCAAUCACCCGAAAAAAAUUCAAUAACACCAGUAUCUGUUCAUUUUCUUGACGAAGAUAUUGAUUUAGAAACAAAGGAACGAACAACAAAAAAAUCCGAUAAACCAUCAAAAGGAAUCCUCAAAUCUUUAAGACAUCGAUCACCAUUUCGUUUUCGUUCGAAAGAUGCUGCCAUUAUUGAACAAGAACCGUCACCACCACCUCCUCCCACCCCGACUCAGGUAACUUCAACUAAACAUCGUGGUCGAUUUAUUGAAUUAAAGAAGACAACAACAAAAACAUCUUCAUCCAAUGGUACGCCGAAAAAAAUUGUUAAUGUAACGCCUAUCAUAGAUACACCUGGCUCAUCAUUAGUACGACGUGCAUCAGGAUUAAAAGAUCUGAUUCAUAAAUUUGAAGUCAUACCACCAAAACCAAAACGAGCUACAAUAGAUAAUGAAUCUUCAACAGAAGUAGAUCAAGAUGAAAAAAUCAAUUUGAAUCAUUCAAUCGAUGAUCAACAUCAACAUCGUCCUCCGACGUUAACAUCAACGCCAAAGUCAAAAACAAUUGACAUUCCCGAUCUAUUACAAAAUGUUGAAAAAGAAUCGUCAUCAACAUUAACAAAACCUAUUUUACGCCAUUCAAAUUCAAGCAGACAAACAGCUUCAUUUGAUUCGGCAGCAAGUAUGGUUAGUGCAAGUGAAUCGAUAACUACUAUCGGUAGUAGCACACGAAAACCAACAUCAACAGCAAGACCACUUAUGCUUGCGGCUAACAAAGCUGAAUCAUCAUAG